GGGGCGGGGUCUGAGGGAGGUCUGGCCACGCCCCCUGUGUGCCCACCUGCACGCCUGAGGUGGGUUUGGGGGUCUCACCUGUCCUCCCCAAUGUCGUGUUUGGGGUCUCACCUGCACACCUGGGCUGGGUCUGGGGUCUCACCUGCUCACCAGGGAUGGGUCUUGGGUCUCACCUGUCCCCCCCACUGUCGUUUUUGGUGUCCCACCUGCACACCCGGGCUGGGUCUGGGGUCUCACCUGUCCUCCCUGUGUUGGGUUUGGGGUCUCACCUGCACACCUGGGAUGGCUCUGGGGUCUCACCUGUCCCCAUGUUCCCCCCGUGUUGGGUUUGGGGUCUCACAUGUUCCCCCUGUGUUGGGUCUGGGGUUCCACCUGCACACCCAGGCUGGGUCUGGGGUCUCACCUGUCCGCCCCAUGUUGGGUCUGGGUCUCACCUGUUCCUUGUGUUUUGUCUUUGGGGUCUCACCUGGCCCCAGGUUCACCCUGUGCUGGGUCUCGUGUCCCACCUCUCCCCAUGUUUUGCGUCUGGGCUCUCACCUGUCCCAGGUCUGGGUCCUCACUUGUCCCAUGUCUGAGCUCUCACCUGUCCCAAGUUCAGUCUCUCACCUGUCCCAGGUGCAGCCCCUCACCUGCGGCCGUGUCCCCCGCAGGUGCAGCCAUGGCAGGCGCGGCUCCCCCCGCAGGUGCUCCCGAGCAGCCCUUCACCUGCCGGGAAUGCGGCAAAUCCUUCCGCUGGUCCUCGCGCCUGGCGCAUCACCUGCGCAGCCACACAGGUGAGCGGCCCUACAAGUGCCCCGAGUGCCCCAAGGCCUUCAAGGGCUCCUCCGCCCUCCUCUACCACCUGCGGGGCCACACAGGCGAGCGGCCCUACACCUGCUCCACCUGCGGCAAGAGCUUCAAGCGCUCGUCGCUGCUGCAGACGCACCUGCGCGUGCACACGGGGCUGCGCGCCUUCAGGUGCGCCCAGUGCGGCCUCACCUUCAAGUGGGCCUCGCACUACCAGUACCACCUGCGGCAGCACUCAGGUGAGCGGCCCUACCGCUGCCCCACCUGCCCCAAGGCCUUCAAGAACUCCUCCAGCCUGCGGCGCCACCGCCACACCCACACGGGCGAGCGCCCGCACACCUGCGCCACCUGCGGCAAGGGCUUCGCCCAGGCGGCCAACCUGCGGCAGCACCUGCGGGUGCACACGGGCGAGCGGCCGUACACCUGCGCCACCUGCGGCAAGAGCUUCACGCACUCCUCCAACCUGCACCUGCACCGGCGCACGCACUCGGCGGCGCGGCCCCCCCCC